UCCAAAGAGACGUUGAGCUUUCAGUGCACAACCUACCCGUCCCAAAAUGGGGGCUAGCAAAGAUAUCUUUGUGUUACUUUUAUUUCUCUGUUCAGUUCAAGGAGAUAUACUUGAUAACUAUGUGAGGACUGAUGGUGCAUGGAUUCUUGGUCAAAAACCCCAGUUCUACCGAACUCUCAGUAGACAAGAAUGUGCAGAGAAAUGUGAAGCUGAAACAAAAUUUAUUUGCAGGUCUUUCUUAUUUGCCACCAAAGAACAACAAUGUGUUACUUUAGCGGACAACAGCAAAACUACAGUGAUGUUCAGGAAGUCAGAUGUAGCUCUCUUUGAAAAAAGAAUCUAUCUUCUUGAAUGUCGAACUGGAAAUGGAGAGGACUACAGAGGAACUGAAUCUAAAACUCAAAACAAUAUACCGUGCCAAAAAUGGGCAGAGAGGAGCCCUCACAUACCCAAUUAUUCGCCUGAUACUCACCCUAAUGCUGGAUUAGAGGAAAACUACUGCAGAAAUCCUGAUAAUGAUGAAAAAGGUCCCUGGUGCUACACAACAGAUCGUGGAACCAGAUUUGAUUACUGUAACAUCCCAGAAUGUGAAGAGACAUGUAUGCACUGCAGUGGAGAAAACUAUCAAGGCAAAAUCUCCGAAACAGAAUCUGGAAUUGAAUGCCAGGCCUGGGCUUCUCAAGAACCUCACAGCCAUGGAUAUGACCCUUUAAAGUUUCCAGAAAAGAACCUGAAGAAGAAUUAUUGCCGUAAUCCUGAUGGUGAACCUCGUCCUUGGUGCUUCACAACCAGUGUGAUCAAACGCUGGGAAUAUUGUAAUAUUCCACGUUGCUCUACCCCCCCACCAACAGCUGGCCCAGGGCGUCAGUGCCUAGUGGACAAUGGGGAGGACUAUCGAGGCACGGUAGCUGUCACAGUGUCAGGAGCGGUGUGCCAGUCCUGGAGUGCCCAGGAACCUCACAAACAUUCUAGAACUCCAGAGAACUAUCCUUGCAAAGGUUUAGAUGAAAACUAUUGUAGAAACCCUGAUGGAGAGACCUCGCCUUGGUGCUACACCACAAGCCCCAACAAACGAUGGGAAUACUGCAAUAUUCCUAAAUGUCUUGACUCGGCAGUAACUACCGAAAUAGUUCCUGUUGUUUUUCCUGAGCAAGCUGCAACAGUUGAAGACUGCUAUCAAGGUACUGGCGUAAACUACCGAGGUACAAUGUCAUCAACCAUCACGGGAAAGAAGUGCCAGGCAUGGAGAUCGAUGAGCCCUCAGCGUCACAAUAAAACCCCAUCUACAUUCCCACAAGCAGACCUGAGGAGUAACUACUGCAGAAAUCCAGAUGGCGAUAAAGCUCCCUGGUGUUACACUACUGAUCCCAGUACAAGAUGGGAGUUCUGCAAUCUGCAUAAAUGUACUGAUCAAGAGCAGCAACAACCUCAGACGACAAUGACACCAAACCUUGGUAUGACUUCUCUCCCAAAUGCAGACUGCAAGACUGGUAAUGGCAAAGAUUACCGUGGAAAGAUUGCACAAACUGCCAGUGGCAAAACUUGUCAAGAAUGGAGUUCACAGUCACUUCAUAUUUUCACACCACGAACUCAUCCAAAUUCAGGUCUGGAAAGAAAUUAUUGCAGAAAUCCAGAUGGUGAUAUUAAUGGUCCUUGGUGCUAUACCACAGACCCAUUGAAAACCUGGGAAUACUGUGACAUCCCAAAUUGCCCUUCUCCUGAAUAUGAAUGUGGGAAAGCUAAAUUUGACCCACAUCGGUGUUUUGGAAGGAUUGUUGGUGGGUGUGUUUCAAAACCUCAUUCUUGGCCAUGGCAGAUCAGUCUCAGAACACGUUUCAAUUUACAUUUCUGUGGAGGCACUUUGAUAUCUCCACAGUGGGUUCUCACAGCCACUCACUGCUUAGAACGGUCACGAAACCCUGCUGCUUACAAAGUGGUACUUGGGCUACAUAAGGAGAGGGCUACAGAGGUAUCGGUACAAAACCGCAAUGUUGAAAAGAUGUUCAAGGAACCAAGUGGGGCAGACAUGGCCUUGCUGAAACUGGACAGCCCUGUUGAGAUCACCAAUCAGGUAAUUCCCGCAUGUCUGCCUUUAGUCAAUACCAUGGUAGCAGACAGAGCAGAAUGCUAUGUCACAGGAUGGGGUGAAACAAAAGGAACUGGCGGCGAUGGUGUUCUGAAGGAGACUGGCUUCCCUGUAAUUGAAAAUAAAGUGUGUAAUCGGCCUGAAUUUCUGAAUGGCAGAGUCAGAACCACCGAACUCUGUGCUGGUAAUAUUGAUGGCGGUACUGAUAGUUGUCAGGGUGACAGUGGAGGGCCUCUAGUCUGUGAAGAGCAAGGAAAAUAUAUCCUGCAGGGAGUCACCUCCUGGGGUCUUGGCUGUGCCCAGCCCAUGAAGCCUGGGGUUUAUGUUCGAGUAUCUAGGUAUAUUCCAUGGAUUGAAAGAAUAAUGAGUGAAAACCCAUGAUUUCCUGUUGAAAGCAACACAUACAAGAAGAGAGAUUCUGGUUGCAAUGUUAUAAAAAAUUACAUGAAAGAAAAAUAAAUAUGUAAAUCAUGUAAGCUAUGCAACCAGAUAGCCUGGUUUUUGAUACCUCCUUUCAACGUGUUUUGUAUUCUUCAAAACAUAUACAUCUCAUUAGCAAGAAGCUUGGGCUUCUUGAGUUACAUACUGUUUUGUUUUAGCUGCCUGGAACUCACACUUCACCAUUUCACUGAGAGCUAAAAGAAAUAAAAUAAGUUCCUUUUAUUUACUGUUUUCUGAUUCACCAGACUUAUAUCCUAACUUUAAUUGUAAUUUUCCUGUAUUUGUUCUGACUUCUGUGGGUGGACGAGUGCUCUCAACGAGUGGAUUUUAUCUUUAGGGUUUGAAUUGUAUCCUGCUUGCCUAUAGUGGAAUAAGGAAACAUUAGUGUGAAUUGGGCUGCAUGCAGAUAGGGUACACUUUUCCGUUGUCCAUAACCUUAGAAAUCGCUGCUGCUAUCUGUGAAUGGUCCAAUCAGACCUGCAGCAGGAAAUGCUAGGGUGAGAGAGAAUACUUUAGUGUCUGUGAUGAAAAACACAAAGAUCCUAAAUAAAUACUCUAAUAUUUAAUUGUAUUAAAUAUUAAUAAAGUUUAAUUUAAGAGUCA